CACCAAAACAAGCAUUUUCCUAGAGGCAAGAGGUGUGAGGCACACAAUACAGACCUUUGAGAAAGCAACACGAGUUUCAUGUUUAAGUGCUCCACUUUCUGAAGCUCAUCCCAAAGAGAUGAAUCAUGCUGGCAUGCUAGCUCUUGUGAAAAAGAGGAAGAGGCCGGUUGAGGCUGUUGCUCAGGGUCAGGUAGAGGUCAAGUUCAAGGAGGUGACUCUGUAUCUGGUGGAGAGGAAGAUGGGCAGCAGUAGAAGGAACUUUCUGACCAGCCUGGCCAGGUCAAAAGGCUUUAGGGUGGAAGAUGUCCUCAGUGAUGAUGUCACUCACGUGGUGGCGGAGGACAAUCAGGCUGAGGUGUUGUGGGCAUGGCUGAUGGGACAUGGUCUGAGGGAUGUCUCCAGAGUGGCUGUGCUGGACAUCUCCUGGUUCACGGACAGCAUGAGGGAGGGGAGACCUGUCAGAGUGGAGACCAGGCACUGUAUUCAGAACACACCCACAGGGACAGACUGUUCUCCACCCACUGCUGUGGCCAAUGUUUCUCAAUACGCAUGUCAGAGGCGGACGACCACGGAAAAUCACAACAAGAUAUUCACAGAUGUGAUGGAGGAGCUGGCUGAAAGUUCUGAGUUCAAUGAAAGUAAGGGUCCAUGCCUGGCAUUCCGUCAAGCAGCCUCAGUCCUGAAGAGUCUGCCGUCAGCAGUGCACUGUCUGGAGGCCAUCCAGGGCCUCCCCUGCCUGGGGGAACACACCAAGGCUGUCAUGGAGGAGAUCCUUACAUUUGGCCGCUCUUUUAAAGUUGAAGAGAUACGGUGUGAUGAACGAUAUCAAGCACUUAAGCUGUUCACCAGUGUGUUCGGGGUUGGACCCAAAACAGCUGAGAAGUGGUACCGCAGAGGGCUGCGCUCACUCCAGGAGAUUUUGACCGAGCCCAACAUCCAGUUGAACAGGAUGCAGAGAGCUGGUUUCCUGUAUUACAGUGACAUCUCCAAGGCUGUCAGUAAAGCCGAGGCCAAAGCUCUUGGAUGCAUCAUCGAAGAGACAGUCCACUGGAUCGCACCCGAUGCUAUACUGGCUCUGACAGGUGGCUUUCGUAGGGGGAAAGAGUAUGGGCAUGAUGUGGACUUCCUCUUGACUAUGCCUGAGAUGGGGAAAGAAGAGGGGCUACUGCUUCAUGUGAUUGACAGACUGAAGGACCAGGGCAUUCUGCUGUACUGUGAGUACCAGGGUUCCACCUUUGAUGUGAGCAAGCUGCCUAGUUGCAGGUUUGAGGACAUGGACUGCUUCCAGAAGUGCUUCCUGAUCCUGAGGCUGGAACAGGGCCAGGUGGAGGGGGAGAGAGGGCUGCAGAGGGACCCAGGUGACAGCAGGGGCUGGAGGGCCGUACGGGUGGACCUGGUGGCUCCACCUGUUGACUGCUACGCCUUUGCCCUCCUAGGUUGGACCGGCUCCAGGCAGUUUGGGAGAGAUCUGAGGACAUUUGCCCAAAAGGAGAGGCAGAUGCUUCUUGACAACCAUGCCCUGUAUGACAAAACUAAGAAACUAUGCCUACUGGCGACUACUGAGGAGGAAAUCUUUGCCCAUCUGGGUUUGGAGUAUGUGGAGCCUUGGCAGAGAAAUGCAUAAGCAUCAUCCUCUCACAGACACCCAUACAAUACCACCUUUAUACAUACAGUACAUUAGGGGUUCCCAACUUUUUAAUUCUCAGCCCACCUUCCAACAUUGGGAAACACAUUUUGCCAUGGGGUGGAGAAAUAGUUUUUCUGUUUUAAAGCUAAUUUCCUGCAGUUCUACAGAUUUUGGCAUGUCUUACGUGUGUUUAUGUAAUAUCUGAGUGAGUUAAACAUUACAACAAAAUUAAUGGGCUAAAAACUUAGCUACAAAACAUUAGCUGACAUAGGCUAGUUGAUCUGGACAUUUCUGACAAGUUAUACAUCGCUAUCUAAUAACUGACAUGACAAAAGGAAAAACUGCUGAUGCACUACCCAAUUUAGAAAUGUCAACUUUCAAGAGUAAGUUGAACCCGACUGAGUUCCUUAAAAAAUAUGCUUUGGGGAACUCCGCGCCACCCCUGCCAUCCCCUUGUGCCCCCCGCAGUUUGGGAACCACUGCAGUACAUAAUUCCCAUCUGUCUCCCCCCUCGGCUACACACUACUGCAAUCUCAUUUCAAAGAGCCUAAUCUGGGUUGAUUUUUAUACUUGUGUUCUGUUGUCAGACUACAUACUGAUGUAUGAUUCAUGAUUAUAUUCUUUUCAGCCUGGCUUUUUUCUCUUAGCCUCUUAGUAAAUAAAAAUUCUGUUCUGUCAUUCAAAACCUGUUUUUCUCUGAGUAUUCUUAUGUGAUUG